AUGGAGAUAAGACGUCUAGAGACGUUUCACUCUUUUCCACAGACUUGCCCUGUUAGGCCUAAUGAUUUGGCACGUGCCGGUUUCUAUGCUACAGGGAAAGGUGAUGGUGCUCAUUGCUUCAGCUGUGGCCUUUCGCUUAGAGGUUGGGAGGUUGGAGAUACAGCUGAAGGGGAGCACAGAAGACAUAAUCCUUACUGUACGUUUUUCAGUGGUAAAGAUACCAGAAAUGUUCCCCUUGGACUAGAGUCAAUGCAACUCAACCAAGCUACCCAAACUAAUACCACUCAGAGGUUUCCUACUUUACAAUAUGAACACAGUCGACUUAGUACAUUUGCUCAUUGGCCAAGUACAGUCGUGUCUCCUGGUGAUUUGGCAGAGGCCGGAUUCUAUUAUUUGAGGGAACGAGAUGCAGUCCGGUGUUUUCAUUGUGAUGUGAGAAUUGAGGAAUGGCUUCCCGGUGACGUUCCUAUUGAAGAACACAUCAGGCGAUCGCGUGAUUGUAGGUUUGCUAAAGCUGUCGCUCAAAGGAAACGUCGAUAUGACACUUGCACCACACCCAAUGCAGAGGCAACAGCCAACAGUAUGAAGAGCUACGAACAAAGACAAAAAUCAUUUCGAAACUGGCCAUCCACAGCUCACGUAUCAGCUGAUAGUCUUGCCCUGGCAGGAUUUUAUUACACAGGAUCACGAGAUGGAAUCAAGUGUUUCUCAUGUGAACAUGCAAAAUUCUUUCCAUCUUGUACACACGUUCGGCAAUAUGGCCCAUCAGUAACUCAGUCACAUGAUGAACCGUGGACACAACCAGCACAACAAACACAAUCGACCACAUUGCCAUUAGAUUCAGAGUCUAACGAUGUGACAGACUUUGUGCAGCAAGCGACUAUUAUGGGGUUUUCAAGGAAGUUAGCACAUCGGGUUAUAAGUCAACCCAAUAAUUGUAAUUUAAGUUUUACAACAUAUGUGGAAGCACUUCUUGAAGCACAAUCGGAAGCCGAGAAAGCAAGUCUACCAGCUGCCAGUCAACUAAUGUCACCAGCUUCAUCAGUCGCCACAACACAAACAGCAGCAACAUUGUCUGGAGUUUCAACUGUCUUACAACCUACAGCACCACCAGACGUAAACGAAAGCAGUGACAUUUCACAGCAAGUACAAGAUUCUCAUUUAUGUAAGAUAUGCAUGAAAAGAGAGGUCAUGAUUCUAUUUAUGCCCUGUGCACACAUCCUGUGUUGUGAAGCGUGUGCAGCUAGUAUCCAAUAUUGUCCGAUUUGUAGAACAGCAAUUGAGAAGAAAAUUCGAUCCUACUUUGCGUAGCAGAUAAGAGUUUAUUUGUUAAGAUAUACU